CCACUAUAAAUAUAUAUACACACACAAUUCUCAAACUAUUAAACGCAACAAAUCAAAAGUAAUAAUCCAAAUUAUAUAUACAUAUAUGCACCAUUUGGUUAAAAACUAAGAAGAAACCAAAAUGAGAAGUUUUACUAAUUUAAAUCCUUGCUACGUUCUCUUACCGUUCUUCCUUGUCCUAGCCACGAAUGCAACACAUACAAACAAUUUCCUCCCAAGGCCACGGACUGGGUAUUACGGUAGUGCAUGCUGGAAUGUAGAAUCGAUAGUUCGGUCCGUGGUUGAGUCUAACUAUCUUGCUAAUCCAGCCAAUGCUCCAGGCAUUUUGCGUAUGCACUUUCACGAUUGUUUCGUUCAAGGCUGUGACGCCUCCGUUCUCCUAGCCGGACCUAACUCUGAGCGAACGGCGAUUCCAAAUCUAUCGUUGAGAGGGUUUAAUGUCAUUGAAGAAGCUAAGACUCAGCUUGAGAUCGCUUGUCCUCGAACAGUCUCUUGUGCUGAUAUCCUCGCACUCGCUGCACGUGACUUCGUCCAUUUGGCCGGUGGACCAUGGUGGCCAGUUCCAUUGGGGAGACUCGAUGGCCGAAUUUCUCUAGCCUCGAAUGUCAUUUUGCCGGGACCUACCGACUCCGUUGCCGUGCAGAAGCUGAGGUUUGCCGAAAAAAAUCUUAAUACCCAAGAUCUCGUUGUCCUUGCUGCUGGACAUACGAUAGGAACGGCCGGAUGUAUUGUGUUUAGGGACAGAUUCUUCAACUACGACAACACAGGAAGUCCGGACCCAACCAUCGCCCCGAGUUUUGUCCCUCUGAUCCAAGCUCAAUGCCCUCUGAAUGGUGACCCCGCGACUCGUGUAGUGCUGGACACGGGAAGUGGUGACCAAUUUGAUACGUCGUACCUUAACAACUUGAAGAACGGUCGAGGUCUCCUCGAGUCUGAUCAGGUCCUAUGGACUAAUCUCGAGACCCGACCCAUCGUGGAAAGGCUUCUAGGACUACGGUUUCCGUUUCUUAUUUUCGGACUGGAGUUCGCGAGGUCCAUGACCAAGAUGAGUCAAAUCGAGAUCAAGACGGGUUUGGAUGGGGAGAUUCGUAGGGUUUGUUCUGCGGUUAACUAAUUAAUAUAAGAUUAAUUAACCAUUACAAUAUGAUAUAAAGUAAUGAAUAAAAAUGGAGAUUAUAUAGACUCUCCAGCUUUUAAUAAUAAACCAGCUAGUUUAACAUUUUCUUUUAAUGUGACUAAGAGGUUUAAUUACGACGAUGUGAGUGUGAGGGAAUACGUGUUUAAAUCACACAUAAGAAAAAAGAAAUCCUAUGUAAUUGUAAUCUCUUAAGAAAAUUUAAAAUAAGCUAUAUAUGUGUAAUACUGAAAUUCUCCUACUUUAGAAUAUUUUAUGGCUUUUUUUUUUUUUUAAUUCAAUAAAGGAUGUAAUGAAAA